AACUGUCAGCCCAGUUCUUCUGUCAAAAAAGGAAGUUUGCUGCGUCUCGUCGUGCAUAAACAGGACUCAUUUAAGAACGAAGAGCAGCUUGUUUUGGUGUCCUGAAGAGCCGGACCUGAAUGAAGUUAAUUGCACCUAAAAGGAUGGAGUUGUUUCUCCAGAGAUGCCACAGAGAGGGAAUUUUAAACUCCGCCUUCCGGUCGGUGCUGCUCAUUACAAGUUUGUUCUUGGUCCUGGCAGUAUCCAUGUAUCCUGGGUUGAAAUCCUUGGCGGUUCAUCUUCAUGCAGUCUUAACAGGGAGCUACACACCGGGCCAUCACUCCGUCCUCCUCGUCAACAGUCCCAACGAACAGGCAGCAAAGGACAUUAGCAGAGCUGUCAUGGAAAGACAUCUGGCAGCUAGUGUUAACAUCUUCUCCAAGACAUCCACACUGUACUACUGGAAAGGUGAAAUCCAGGAUGCUACGGAAACCCUGAUACUGGUGAGAACUAAAACCUCUAGGAUUCAACAUGUUAUUGACUUUGUGAGGUCCAUCCAUCCCUAUUCGAACCCAGAAAUCCUCAGUUUUUCAGUGGAAGGCGGCAGUCUGGCCUACAUGAAGUGGAUGGAUGAAGCCGUUCCAAACGACUGAUCAAUGGACUGAAAUCUGUGUUAACAUGAACAGACGCUAAACAA